GCGCUGCCUAAAAAACCCAAACUGCGAGCAUUCUUUGAAAGUGUCGAGUGUCCUAGCUACUAUCCUGACUUGGUGGACAUCACUUGUCACAUAAAUCGCACAGCAAAUGCUGAAAAUGGCAUCUAUACGGACUUUAUGUUUAAGCAGCGCAUUACCAAUCUACAGCUUACUAUAAAUGUAAAUAUAACAUUUGAAAACAGAAUAUGGCAAAAUUAUGCCUCAAAGACCAUCGAUGUGUGUGAAGCUUUAAAUGGCAUUCAGGAUCAGUAUAUAUUACAAAUGGUAUUCAUGCAAAUACGACGAAAGUCAAAUAUUCCUUGGGAAUGUCCCAUCAAGGAGCAUAUACAAUAUUAUAUCGAAGGCGUCGCUAUUGAUACAAGCGUCUUACCUCAAUUCUUGCCACAUAUACGCUUUAAGGCAAAUUCUGAUUUUUAUUUUAAUAAGCUUAAAAUGUUGAGUUUUAAGUCACAAGGACAAGUAUUUCGUAAUUAG